AUCACGCAGUUGCGUAAUUUGACAAGCCCAAGCGUAAAACAGAGGGAAUGCCGCUUGACAGCUGCCUGGCUUUCGCAAUUUGAUGUAAUGAGAAAGCACAUAUGCUGAUUUUUUUUCCGAAAGAUCUUGGUUAAUUGGACACAAACAUCAGCGUUUAUGGCCACUGACUUGUUGACGAAGAAUGUUUGGCUUGCUCCAGGGCAGGACGCGCCGUCUCAUCUUAAACUCCCACCGCUAGCUGACGGUCUGAAAGGUGAAGAUCAUGGACAAGUGUUUUACAACACGAGGGAUGCGAUCACUGGAAGUUCUUCAUCUUUUCAAGACUACAAUCUGGGAAGAUCCGAAAUGGAUAAGUACCUUUCCAACCACACCCAGAGGGUAGCUGACCACAAGAGACUGUGUAGGGACAGUGCUUCAAUCCUGGAGCCUUCCUUCACUGAGGACCUGGGUUCUCCAUAUAGCAUCAACAUGAGCCUACUCCUUCCUGAGGUCAGCUACCUCCACCCUGGCUUCUGCAGGCCUCUGAGAUCCAUCAAGACAGAGCCCCUCUCCCACUCUCUGAUCCCCCCCAAUUGCCAUGGCAAUGGAACGCCAUCCGCCAUACCCGAGUUCCAGGGCCACUACGCCACCUCUACAGACACAGGUGGAGGAGGUUUGUUCAUAAAACAGGAAAUUCCCUCACUGGACUUCCAGGACGUCCCGUUGUUCCAGCUGUUGAACUCUGAGCUGGAGCAUCUGAUCCCUGGGCCGCUGGGGAACCCUGAGCUCCACUCUGGGGUCUCCAUGACCCCCUCCAGCCUCCCCUUCUCCAACGCCCAGCUAACCCCAGCUCAGACUGCCCUAUGCCCCAUGAGCGGCCCCCACAUUGGUGGUGGCAGCUACUCUCUCAUCCCCCAGUUCAACCACCAGCAGAGACCAGCCUACCUACCCCCAUCCCCACCCAGCUCAGAGCCGGGGAGUCCAGACAGGGCAAAAGAACUGGUUCAGAACAUCUCCCCACCCCCCUCCUAUGCAGCCAGCAUAGCUUCUAAAUUGACAGUCCCCAACAAUGCCAUCGUCCCAGUCCAGACCCCAUCCACCCAGGAACUAGGCCAGGGCCCCAGUGUUGGACCAGUCCAGGCCUCAGGUCAGGUCCAGGCUGCUGGUGUGAGCCCUGUGUCCCCAGGACCUAUCCAGUCUUCUCCAAUCAUGUUUAACCGCCGGAACAACCCAGAUCUAGAGAGAAGAAGGAUUCACCACUGCAAUGUCCCAGGAUGUAAAAAGGUCUACACCAAGUCCUCCCAUCUAAAAGCCCAUUUGCGUACUCACACAGGAGAGAAGCCGUACCACUGCUCCUGGGAGGGGUGUGAGUGGCGUUUCGCCCGCUCCGACGAGCUGACUCGCCACUUCAGGAAGCACACUGGGGCCAAGCCGUUUCAGUGCGCUGUGUGUAGCCGCUGUUUUUCCCGAUCCGACCACCUGGCCCUUCACAUGAAAAGACACCAGAGCUAAAGGGCAGCCCUGCUAACGCGCGCGUUCUCAGAUUGGAAUUUCACUUAAUCUGUCAUCUCAUUGAGACAAUGAUACGUAUGUGGCGCUCAGAAAAACAGCCACGUUACUGAAUGUUAAAAUUAUUUGACUGACCAUAUUCCUAGGGUUAGACCACUUGUCCCUAGUGGAAAUAUAUUUUUAUGUUAGUUAUAGUGCUGGCCCACACAAGGAAUAUUGCUAUUAUUAUUAUUGCUACCGAUAUUAUUGUAAAAAGGUUCAAUGUUUACUUUUUGAACUGAAGUUUUUUAAUAUAUUUUUUCCAUUUAACCCAACAAACUUUAAAAAAAAUAUUGGGCUGUGCCAUCUUUAAGAGAGAGCACAAAGCUAUGUGCAGCACAGCACAGUAGGCACUAGACAAUUCUAUGAUUUCACAAGCCAAUUCUGCUACUGUGUGUAUGAUAUCUACAUUAUGCUACUUGGUGAAAGACAAGCUCAAGACUCCUUGCUGGAAUGUACAAAGGGAAUACUAAGUACAACUAUUUUUUUCCUUUUAUAUUGUUUCCUCAAAUUUAAUGAUAAGAAAUAAUUUAUUAGACAUUAUUUUUUACUCGAUUUCAAAAGUGCCUUUUUGAUGUUUUGGAAGACUUCUUUGCCCUGCCUGCAGGGUACCAUCUGGUACAUUGUAUACCUUGUAUUUAUGAAAGGACUGCUGCGUCCUACUUGUAAAACUGUCAUUGUAUUUAUUAAAAAGUAAAAUGUCA